AUGUCUUCGAGACGCUGGCCAUCGCUGGACUCAAUCCAUAGCUACUCAACCAGGUCAGCACGCUUCUCGUGUAGUUCUUAUGGUAUAGUCACGUGUUGCGGACGUGAAAGGACAGGUGCCGAUAGUUUGAGCUCGGUGCCUAAAGUCCAAACAACAUGUCAUGAAGCCGACGUUUUUAGGGCUGCACUCAAUUGGGCUAAACAUAAGGCCGGAGUCUUACAGCCAACUCAUCACUGGACAGAGGAGGAGAGGGCCCGCAUAUGUCAGCAAUUGUCUGGAGUUAUAAAUCACAUCCGAAUUCUUCUCAUUGAUAGCCAAGUGUUUGCCGAAGAAGUGGAGCCGACGGGAGCCGUUCCCAUGGAGUUAUCACUGGAGAGAUACCGUUUCGCAGCCCUUCCCUCGAAAUUCCAGAACUCGGAGGACAAGAGGGUACAGCCGCGCACAUCACUGAAGCUGUUCCAGGGCUCACAACUGCUGAGUGGAGACAAAUGCCAAUUCCAGACAAUACUCAACUCGUGGUAUGGAUUACCGAAACAAAUGUGGAAAUUAAUAUUCCGGGCGUCGACUCACGGCUUCUCGGCCGACGCCUUUCACCAGUACUGCGACGGCCAGUCGCCCACAUUUGUGGUCAUCCAGGGCUCCAACGGGCACUUAUGCGGCGGAUUCAGUGACGUGGCCUGGGCUAAGACCACCGCCAAUCGGGGCCGGUAUGUGGCCUCAGACAACGCAUUCCUCUUCACGUUAAUCAACAGCUCAGACAUUCCUCCGACCAAAUACGAUGUCGUCAAGAAGAUGUUCGCCAUCGCCCACCACUCCGACUACGGGCCGGUGUUUGGCGCGGGCGCCGACCUCUCCAUCGCCAACCACUGCAACGCUAACUCCGACUCCUAUUCAAACCUUCCGCACACUUAUGAUGGACACAACGCCUCCAACACUGUCUUAAUGGGUGACUACAACUUCUCGCCCAUCGAUUACGAAUUAAGGGUUAGUCACCACUCGUGCCAUUGCUUUGUGUGUAGUGAUGACUCAUUGAUGAGCUACCUCACCGACAGUAGCAUGGUCAUAUCCGAUCAUUAG